GGUGGAAAGUGCCUGAUAUCAAAGUUUCAUUGAGUAAUUUGUACGGGAGUGCAGACGACAACCGGUGCAGUCGAAUGCUGGAAACCCUCGUGAACACGCGAUUUAAGUGCUUGUGUCGUUGGUGAUUUAUCACGGAUUACCAUGGGGCUAUUCAAGGUGCUCCUACUUUUGGCCAUGUGUUCGAUUGUGUGCACAGAACCGGAAAAACCACCACCGACUAUCACCCGGACCGAAAUCAAAGUCUCCAGAAGCUUAAACCCCGAAGACAUGGAAACGCUAAACGUCAUGACCAAAGACGGAAAUGUGGCCCAACUCAUCGUCAAAAGACGCGACCGCAAAACAGAACCACAAGAAGAUGCAAGAAAAAACCAAUUCUCAAGAGCCAUUUACGCCAACUGGAUACCAGUCUCCUCGUUUUACUACCAACCGAACAUCAUCCGAUUAGACACAAUUGCAUUGGUUCGCAACUCGACUCAGGAAAAAAAACCCAACGUCGUGGAUAGUGACAGGAUCCCUAACGUGCCUAAGCCGGUGACCAUUCGCUCUGGUGACAUUUUUAUCAAAAACAAUGAGCAAAAGCGAGCUCGAUCUAUCGUCCAAAUGGAUCAAGAUGGUAUUCCUGUGAUUCACGGAGUGCGAGUCCCUGAUGAUGAGUCUGACCGGCAAACUUGGCGAAACGCUCGUGUCAUCAAUGGGGAAUUAGUACCAUAUGAGGAAGGUUAUAAGCCACCACCGGCUGUUCCCAUUGGACAACUGAUCUACGCGAGUCAAGUUAAAGACAAAGAAGAUUCCAGAAGCAUUGGUCCAUUUACCAAACAAGAUAAUUACAAGAGUGAAGACAAUCAAAAUUCGUUUGGUCCCUUCACUAUUAAAGACAAUCUUCCGGCCGAAAAACCCAAACAAAAUGAAGAUUAUGUCAGAUUUAAUAGCCAGUCGGGGAUUGGCCCGUUUACGAAAGCAGAUAAUACUAAAAUCACAAGCUCGAAAUUGAUCGAUUACAUCAAGGAAAUCAACGCGAAGGAAAGCAAAAGAGAUUAUUUCGCAAGACGGAAGUACCGCUCGUAUGAUGAAAACACCCAAAUGCAAAGAAGAAUGUUGCAAUAUCCUGGCCAACCAUCAUAUCCAAAUUCCUUGUUAUACACACCAACUUCCAAAUUGAGUCCUGUGACUUUCAAUGAAGGUGUCAGAACUCCGGUCUUGCAAUACGCACAUCCGGAGUUGGGAGUCCAACCAGCUAAAGCGACUCCAGAGGAAGAAGAAUUGAUUUAUAAGGACAACCAAUACGAAGUUGACAGUGGACGUCAAUCCCAAUACGAUGAGGGUGUUAACAGUGUCAAUUAUUACCGAAAGGACGUAAUCAAUUACCCCUACAACACGUAUUACAUUAAACCAAAACCGGAACAACCGUUUUGGAUCCGAAUCACUGAAAGUAUCAAAGAUAACGUACAAAACGGUUUCGCAAGGAUGCAACAAUUGACUCGGCCGGUUUUCGAGCCUUUGGUGGAAGCGACUCACAAAAUUUCGCACAAUUUGGGAUUCUCGAAAGAGCCACAAGCGCAAGAAAAAGUGGGUUUGAUUGCCCCGAUGGGCAGUUCGGUUAUUUUGCCGGCUUUAGGGCUUGUUGCUGGAGGGGCAGCUCUGGGGCUUGGCGCUGCUGCUGUUGGGCGUUUCUUGAACCCCAACGACAUGAGGAGUUUCAAUGAAGUCAAUCCGAACGAUAUCGUGGUUAUUAUGGAAGAGCCGCCGCAAGACAGCCACGAGGAGCAUAAGAGGUACCGCCGGAAUGCCGAAGAUGAAUAUUACAUGCAGCAAUUAGUCGCGAAUGUUGAGAAAGACAAAGGCUUGCAUCAUCUCGCCGCUCCUCAUUUUUGGUCGGACACUUCGUGUGCGAAACGGCUGUUUUGCGAGGUGAUGGUCCGGCAAAACGACGACGAGGUGGUCUUGAUGGAGAAGAAAAUGGACAGUUUGAUGGCAUCGGUACAUCCAGACGUGGCCAAUCAAGUCUCGCAUCAUCUUCAACAGGUUAUGGAUUCUGUCAAAAUGAGAGACUGCUCAAAACUUUACUGCAACAGGAGGUAUCCGUUUCCGGCUCCGGCUGCAUAAUCUAAUUAGCUAUCAGAAGAACCAUCCAUGACGAACGCAUCUGAAUAUUUAUUUUUUAAUGUUAGUAGUUUCUUUUGAAACAUUAUAUUAAUGUUACCUUUUUAUUGAAUAUAAUAUGUUAAUUACAAUCAAUUACAGACGACUUUGUCUGGCUUUUUGCCAUAUUUGUGUAUGUAUGGUAGUAAAUUGAUGAGUACAGCAAGCGCCAAAAUUGUAAAACAGUUUGCAAAAUUGGUUAAAUCGGUCGGUAAUUGUGCAAACUGUCCAUUUUAUUACUUAGUAAAUUGUCAGUGCUAAAUAAAGUGAUAAAUAAUUGUACAUAGUCACCCUCACUUCUUUUAAUUUAUAAAUGUUACGCUAAGAGAUAAUUUCUGUUAACUAUUUCCAAUAAAGCUAUAAACCAUA